AUUUUCAAUGAUGAAGGCUAUUAGGAUUUUAAUGUUUUUUUUUUGUUUCAGAGAAAGGAAUAUGUCAAGUAUGCAAAAGUAUUCCCGCUCUCGGGAACGCUUGACUUCAAGGUACCCAGCAAGUGGUAUCGAAGAGUCGUCGGCUCGCUCGAGAUCAUCUGCGGGCUCGCCAUGGCGAUUAUUCCAAGUCGUAGACAAAGUUAAAAACUUAUCGAACACAGUACUGCUUCUCUUGAUGCUGAUGGCCGUGUAUUCUCACUACAUGGUAAACGACAAAUUCGAGAGGAUCGCCCCGGCACUGGUAUUCUUCUUCAUGCUCACGGGGCGACUGGUGAUCGACUGGCAGCUCAGGCGAGAAGACGCGCAAUCGGUGACGGCGAACGGUGUCGACGAUAAAGCUAAGAAGCAAGACUGAGCGGGAUUACGGUUGGAAAACGCGUUGUCUGUUUUCACUUCAAACCACUUGAUUCCGCGAUUUCAUUUCUGGAACACUGAUUCUGAGGAAUAUUAGUUUAUUUAUUUCAAACGUAGACUCUCUCGUUCUCAUUCUUUCAAAAAUGAAAUUUUUAUCUCAAAGCACCGUUAUUCAAUAUAUCUUUCCGGAUUCUUUUUAUGUAUAAAGAUUCGAUAUGCAAUACAAAAACUUUGUAAUAUGUAGGAAAAAAGAAAACGAUGAUUUGGGAUUCUCUGGAUUAAAUUUGUAAUAGUUCGUCCCGCAAUAUCAGUCCGUUGCAUUAAUGUCGAUUGUCGCUGGUCAUGAUCAAAGAAAUUAUCUCUCUCUAUUUAUAUAACAGUUAAGACAAUGAUGCAAAAAGAGACUAAAUAUCGCUAAUAAUAAAUAAACUAUAUCAGUGAAAUUAAUUUUAAAAAUAAAUAAGUUUGGUCGAUAGUUGAUUGGCCGUUUUCUGAACGCACUUUUAUCGAUAAAUGCGCGCAUUUAUUUCUGAGAUGUUAUAGUAUAUGUAACGUGAACUAUAGCAUCUCAAAAGUAAAUAUGUGUAUUUAUCAAUAAAUGUGCGUUCAGAAUACGGGCCUUUGUCUCUUGUAGUCCUUUAUAAAAUCGUAACAUAAUGGCUAUCACACGCGACAGCUAUAUAAUUAAUAAUAUAAGACAUACAGUUGUAAUAUAAGCAGCUAUAUAAAAUAAAUAUAUAUAGGAAACUAUAAUAUAAUUAGUUAAAUACUAAAUAUUAGAGAUACUCUUAUUAAACAGCUACAAUAUAAAUAAAUGUAUAAUAUGAAGAACUAUGAUAUAUAAUCAUAAGAGGCUAUAAUUAUAAACGAGCUGUAAUGUAAACAGAGAAAGAAAUUUAAUCUGCUACGCGUAAUACUAAUCGACAUUGAUGCGACCAAUCCUCAAUGACACUAGCUUAAGCACGAGGUACUAACUGCCACUUGAAUGAAUGUGCUCUUAUAUGUACCGUGCGAGUGUGUGUGUAUGGAACAUAUAGAAAAUGUUUCUUAGUAAUUGAUACAUAUGUGCGCACUAGCUUUAAAUUUAUUUCUUAAAAUCUCCACGUGCGAAUAACGAGUGUGAUCGGACAAUUUGAUAAAUAAACCAAAAUUGUGAAACUCAGA